GUUUAGCUGUCAUCAAUGCAAGUCUUUUGUACACUGACAACAAAUCAAUAUUUUUCCUCGAUGAGCAGAGCUUCACUCGCAACAAACGACCAAACACUUCGGUGAUCUACACUAAUCUGACCAACAGUUACGCAAUUGACUUUGACUACUCUGAACAGCUGAUCUUUUGGAGUGAUCAGAGCGAAGAUGUGAUUACUUCUUUGCGGUUGAGCGACAAAAAGACUUUCACAAUUGGCAUUAGUAAUCCUCAAUCGCCAGAGAAAUUUGCCGUCGACUGGGUGGGCAAAAAGCUUUACUGGGCUGACACAGGACUCAAUCGAAUUGAGGUGUCCAAUUACAAUGGAAGUCAGCGAUCGGUUCUCAUCUCCAAAGACUUGGAAUCCCUUUGGUCAAUCGCUUUAGUUCCUGAAGAUGGUUUCCUUUUCUGGGCUGACUGCUUCCCGCCAGGGAAAAUAGAACGCAGCUCAAUGGACGGCGACCCAGGCAGUCGGACUGUUAUACUGGAAGACAGAGACAGCUGCUUCUCCGGACUGACCGUCGACUACGCGGGAAAACGUCUCUACUGGUUCACCAUACCGGUGAAGACUGACCUGAAUCACGUGUCUCGAAUUGAGUCGUCAGACUUUUUCGGCAACCAGCGCAUCUCCCAUCUGUGCAGUUCAUCUCGCUUUCCGGUGCCCUUUCGCCUGUUCAUGACGCUGAUCGGCGACACCGUCUUCUGGUCGGAUAACUCCAGCAAGGACAUUCACUCGUGCAACCUCAAGAGCGGAGCCGUCGGCCACGCCAACCUUCCCAAGUACCGGAACAGCAAGAAGGAGGAGCAGCACGCGCCCCACGGCCUCAAGUGGUUCUCCGCCGCCGCCCAGCCCGGCAAUCACUCUCACUGCUCACAUAACAACGGAAACUGCUCUCACCUGUGCCUGCUCUCCUCCAUUGGACCGCGUUUCAUCUCCUGUGCCUGUCCCAGUGGCAUGAAGUUGCACCCUGACAAUCAGACCUGUGCCGUCCACGAGAAGCUUCUUCUCAUCGCUCGCAGCAGUGAUCUGCGGAAGAUUGCCCUCGACUCGCCCGACACUUCGACCAUUGUCCUGCGAAAGACGAAGCACGCUACGCUGAUUGACUACGACCCGGUGGAGAUGAUGGUCUACUGGGCGGAUGAUCACAAGGAUGGGAGGUCAAUUCGCAAGGCGCCCUUUAACGGCAAAAGCAACGACACAGUGGUGGUCGUAAACCGAGAAGUCGUCUGCCUGGAAGCGAUUGUCAUCGAUCCAGUUGCUAGAAACAUCUACUGGACAGAGUGUGAAAUGGCUCGAGUUGUAGUGGCCCGACUUGAUGGUAGCUCCCGUAAGGUGCUGGUCGAAGAAGAUCUAGAGAAGCCGCGUGCUCUGGCAGUCCACCAAGAGGCUGGCUACAUGUUCUGGUCUGAUUGGGGACAGAAGCCAAAGAUUGAACGAGCUCUGUUGGACGGUUCCGAACGAACCGCAAUUAUCACUACAAAGAUUCGCUGGCCAAAUGGUCUGGCAAUUGAUACUAAAGAGUCAAAGCUUUACUUCGGGGACGGCUUUGAGCACACUGUGGAGUGGUGCCGUUUUGAUGGCAGUCAGAGAACAUUGCUCAUCAAAGACAAGGCCAUGUACAUAUUUGGCUUCACUUUGCUAGAUGACUGGAUUUAUUUCAGUGACCGCCAGAAGCGACUAAUUAAAGGAAUAAACACGCGCAACAGUUCCAUUCAAAAAGACCUCGUCGAUGGAAUCUCCAACCAACUGCCCGACUGGAUGGGCAUCAAAGCGGUCAACUUUAAUACAUCAGAAAACUUUGCUUUGCAAAAUUCCUGUGGAGCUUCAAAUGGAGGCUGCUCGCACUUUUGCUUUAGCCGACCAGACAAGGACUACACAUGUGCCUGUCCGCGUGGAUACCACUUGGUAGAUAAGUUCAACUGCGUUCUUGAGAAAGUGUCGUUCUUUUUUCUUCAAAGGCAUGAAAUUCAGCAGCAACUAGCAAACUCUUCACUGAUAUCGCAAGUCUCGGGAAUUCAGUCGGCCAAGUCUUUUGAUUUAGAUGUGUCCCGAAACACAGUUUACUGGAUAGACUCAAAAUCUCGUGCCAUUUUUCGUUUAGUUCUACACAAGGGCCAGCCUGAACAAAUCUUCAAGCUACCUUCUGACUCAAACUCUAAACCGGAAGACCUUGCUAUUGAUUGGUUGUCUGAGCAGCUUUACUGGGUUGACUCUGCCAGCAGAAAGAUUGAAGUAGGCAAAUCCGAUGGCAAAUAUCGAAAAGUUAUCUACCAGUUUCUAGAUGGACAGAAGCCCAAAUCAGUGGUUGUCGAUUCAGCUUUCGGCUAUCUCUUUGUUUCUUCAUUCGAUCGCCAAUGGGUCGCUCGAAUUGAUUGCUUUUUUCUCGAUGGAAGCAAGGCUUUCAAGUCUCCGGUAAUUCACAAUGCGAGAAACGUUCACUCACUCACUAUUGAUUAUGACGAUCAUCGACUUUACUGGCUGGACGAAAACCGAAACAUUGAUUCUUGCAAAUAUGACGGCUCAAACCGAAAGUUCAUCAAAGGCAAUUCAGAGCGCUUUUCAAGCAUAUCAGUAUUUCAAAGCUACAUUUACCUGCUUGAUCCAAAUCAAAAGAUCAUUCGAAUCAUAAACAAAACAAAAGGAUUUNAUUCAGAGCGCUUUUCAAGCAUAUCAGUAUUUCAAAGCUACAUUUACCUGUUUGAUCCAAAUCAAAAGAUCAUUCGAAUCAUAAACAAAACAAAAGGAUUCGAUGUUACUUCCAAUCUGACCAUCAGUGUUUCGUCAAAUACCAGCGAUAUCAUUGUGAGUCAUCCACUGGCACAGACUGGGUGGAAUUGCUGCGCCAAUCGAAAUGGCGGCUGUGAGCAGCUGUGCNUGACCAUCAGUGUUUCGUCAAAUACCAGCGAUAUCAUUGUGAGUCAUCCAUUGGCACAGACUGGGUGGAAUUGCUGCGCCAAUCGAAAUGGCGGCUGUGAGCAGCUGUGUUUCUAUAAGCUUCAAUUCAAAAAUGGCCAUAAGCAAUAUGACACUUGCGAUAUGGAAGACUCUAGUGUAGUUUGUGGAUGCAAAGUUAACUACCGACUAGAUGGAAGUGACACAAGGAAGUGCUUAGCCACAAAUCUGCGCUGA